AUGUCAGUUCUGUUGCGUAAAGCCCCACCGAGCGCCGGCACCGAGAGUCAUCAGCGGCGAGAUGGCGCGAGAAUCGUCAACGAUAGAAGACUCACUGUCCAAAAAAGCAAGGAAAGAACCAUCGUCGUCGCAAUGGCCGACAUGGAAUCUUGCAAAAGCUGCACUACUCGUGGCGGAUUCAAUUUCGGAUAUCAACUACUCAUCACGAAUCCAGCUCAACUGGCAUUCAUUCAGUUUCUUAACGACUCCUAUGCGGAAACGCACGGUAUACGUCAGGAUCGUGGUACUCUCGAGUUUCUCUGGGGAGUUAUCGUGUCGACAUUUUUCUGGGGAGCCACCGUUGGUGCCCUGUUGAUCCAAACAACUGCAGAUCGUCUUGGACGUAAAAAUGGACUUAUUUUCACCUUUUUAGUUCAAAUUAUCGCAGUUGCAAUGGAAAUCGUCAGCUUUUUCGCGAAUAGCUACAUACUGUUUUCGAUAUCGCGGAUCGUGCUCGGUGCUGCAAUCAGUGUGUCGUUAGGAAUUGGCCCGAUGUUUAUUAUUGAAUGCAGUCCUGUAGGAUGCCGUGGCAUGAUCUCGAUGGCAACCGGGGUGAUGCUCCAAGUGGGACUUGUCGUCGGUUCAAUUUCUGCAAUGCCAGAGAUAUGGGGUACAGUGGAUUGCUGGUGGCUUGUCUAUGGACUGGAAUUGUUGCUUACAGUGCUCGUCACCGUCUUCAUGCUAUUUGUUCCAGAGAGUCCAAGCGAAGCAGAAACUGAACCGUUGAUGGCAGACAUGAAGAAAGGUGUCGAUGGUGAAAAACCACUCGGAUUGUUUGAGGUCAUCAGGGACAAAACGUGGCUAUGUGGAUUACUGGUCGGUAUCGCCAUUAUGAGUGGGACAAUAUUGUGUGGAGUUGCAGCUGUCAACGCUUUCGCCUUCGAAAUUCUCCUCAAUGUCGGUCUCAGUCCGCUUCAUGCAUCGCUCGGCAAUUUGGUUAUUUGCGUAAUGGCUGUGAUUGGUGUUCUGGUGUCAGGACGUUUGGUUGAGCGAAUGGGACGUCGACCACUUCUCAUUUUCACUUUUGGUGGAAUUGGCCUAGUGAAUGUUCUGAUAUCCGGCUUCAUGUACAUGUUCCAGAUCAAUAAGGUGGACUGGAUCGGAUGGUGUGUUGUGGUGUCGAUCUGCGCCUUCAACCUGGUUUUCGCCGCUGGACCUGGACCGCUCUGCUUUUUCGUCCCCGGAGAGCUUGUCGGUCAUAAAGCCCGAGCAGCCACCUACACAUGGCUGAACAUUGUGAUGAAUGGAUUUCGCUCUCUCCUACUGGUUGUGUACUUCCCUAUUCAAGCUGCACUUGGUGGACCACUGUGCUACUUUAUUUUAUUCUUUCCUCCCUGUGCUAUAGCUGUAGCCAUCUGCUACUUCUACCUUCCUGAAACUACAGGGUUAUCUCCUGAAGAGGCACGAGUUGCAAUGCGUCGACUGCCAUCCUGUUGUAGAAAGAAUGUGAGAGAAGACGAGGAUGAGAAAAUGGAUGAGAUUAGAUCAGACUAG